GGUUUCGUUUCAGGCGAAUAAGUGCAGUGUGCGAAAGCCUUUCAACAGCUCAUACUUGCGCCGCUCAACAGCUAACAAUUCAGCAAAUCUUUGUGUCAGUUACAUCGGAAUAAAUUCCACGAUGAAACACGUAUUAUUCCUCAUCGCGCUUCUCAUUGCUGCAACAGCUCUCACCUCAGGUGAGGAUGGUUCAGCUUAUAUGGCCCUUAACCUGAAAACAACAACAGCCCCCAGCCUGAAUGCAAUUAAUCUCAACACAACAACAACUACGACCCACAGCCCCAACACAACAACAACUACGACCCACAGCCCCAACACAACAACAACUACGACCCACAGCCCCAACACAACAACAACUACGACCCACAGCCCCAACACAACAACAACUACGACCCACAGCCCCAACACAACAACAACUACGACCCACAGCCCCAACACAACAACAACUACGACCCACAACCCCAACACAACAACAACUACUACCCACAACCCCAACACAACAACGACGACCCACAACCCCAACACAACAACGACGACCCACAACCCCAAUAUAACAACUCACAACCCAAUCUCAACAACUACUGCACCUACUACUGCACCAAUACCAAUGCCAACACCAUCUACCAACAUGACAACUGGGAACUAUAAUAUCAGUGAUGGUAAAGGCGCACUGUGUAUUAUGGUUGAGGUGGCAAUCGGGAUUCGUGUGAACACCAGCGAGGUAAAUGAUACAUACAUUGUUCAGCCGAAAAAAACGAAUGUCAAAGGAAAUUGCUCGGAAGAAGAAGCUUUUUUCAUGAUCUCAUUCAAUGAAGGCGAAAUUUCCUUACAGUUUCAAAAAAAUAAGGCAACAAAAAAGGUUUACGUCAAGUUUGUGCAAUACGAUUUGACCUAUGCUUUCAGCAAAGGAAUGCAAAGACUUUACAAAGGGAUGAACAACUCUCUUGAGCUGUUUUCUGUGGAUGCGGGUUACUCUUACUCCUGCAAGGACGAGAUGGUGUACAUGGGGAACGGUGUGAGUCUGGAUCUGACUCGAUACAAGGUUCAGGCUUUCGAUAUCAAAAACAAGAAUUUCGGACCACCUGAACUAUGCAAGGCUGAUCAACCUGACUACCGCGUUCCCAUCGCCGUGGGCGUAAUCCUCAUUAUACUCAUCAUCAUUGUAGUCAUUGCUUACCUCAUCAGCAGGAAACGGAGGACUGAUGGGUACCAGUCACUAUAAAGGCCUAUAAUUCAUGAUUUAUGAGAAUAAUAGCAAUUUCAGUUUGCAUGAAUUUUAAAGCUGUUAUGUAUGUCUUAAGCAAAUGUUGCCUAUGUAUACCAAUGAACAUGGAUGGCCUAGGACCUUUCCAAACAAUGUGUACUAUGCAGGGACAGUCUGCCACAUCCUAACACAAAGUGAAUCUGCCAUCCCACUUUCGACAUCACUUUAAGAUCAUAAUACAACCAGAUGGCAAAUGGCUUACAUGCAUUGUUUUAGCCUAUAUUUGUAAACUAAUUAACUUUUUUCAAGAACCUAACCUAAUACUGACAAUACAGAAGGAUGUGCAUAAACUAUUGUUGCUCCAUCUUAAGUGUAAUUGGUCUUUUGUCUAGGUAUUGGUCACUGUCUGUCACACAUCUAAUGCAUUUUCUGUGAUAGACGAUAAGACAUUGUUAAUCUGAUUCUUUUUAAAGGGGCCUAAAGGGAUGCUUAUAAGGGAAUUCAUUUGCUUACAUUGUGUAAUUAGUAACAGAAAGGAUUCUACUAGCAGUUGCAAUCUAGUAAUCAUUCUGAAA